GAGCAUCGGAUAAAAUGAUUCAACCUCACGACUGACACAGAGUAAACAGAAGUGGCCUGGGAUACAGCAGACGAUUCUUUCCGAUCACAUCGUUUGCCGUAAUCUUGCUUGUGUUCUUUUUUGGAAGAAAAGUUGUUCCGAGAAGAAUCAUGUUGUCUUCCGCUAUCGGUUUGUUCGCAGUUGUUGCACUUCUAAAUAGCUUUGUUUCGGUUCACUCAGAACCGACAUGGCAGAGCUUUCGAGUUACUUGGGGACUGAACCUUCUGAGUUCCAGAACUUUCGCCAAAUUACCGCAAACCGAGAGCAGAGCUCGAAGUGACGGAUUUGCUCGAUUGGCCGGAGAAUGUUCAGGAGGCAAAUUCUUGGGUCAUAGGUACAUGAAAGGUCUCGAUACAGCUGCCGUGAUUAUCUACGACGAAAAUGGUUACGUAGCUGGGAUACAGCACGGGAUCCCCAAAAAUGAUGUGGAAAAGGUGAACACCUCAUUUUCCUUCGACAGAUCAUCUGCAUAUCAGCUGGACAAAAUUUUGGGUGAAGAGGAGGUCUAUUUUAUAACAACUUACUUCGUUGAUCCUAACAUCAUCUGCAAUGGCGGUAGAACCAAACUGCAGUACGAGGAAGAGGGCGUCGGUACUGGACUCUGGGUUCAGAAUGGAACCGAUCCCGUCAGGGACUCUGUGCAAGUACCUUUGUACGAAAAAGAUAUGGAAGGAACUCACUGGGUGAAAGGAGGAUGCUUCAGAACAAUGGGCGUUCAUUACUGGUAUGGAGCCCACGAAAAUAUGACCUGCACAGAUUUCUUCCCUGUCACCGCCAUCUACAACAGAGGAAAGUUGACCAACUUCGCAUUUGCAUCUUUCGGAAACUACGAAUUCUCUAGACGUUUCGAGCAUCCUUCUUCGACUGCAUUGACUUUGUUCUUGCCCACUCCCAUUCCCAAAUGCAUCAACGACGAGUAUGAACGCAGCGGUGGUGUCAGCUCCAUGCACGUGUUCUUCAGCGUCCGACCGUGGAAUACCUUCUGUUGAGAAUCGCCGCCUGUCAAGUUUUCCCGCGUAUGUCUCUCCACAUACCAAAGAUGCCUAUCGGGGUGAUAGGGUCACCGAUGUAGUGCCAGUUUUAUGUAUUAUUCAGUGAGUGCAAAACCCGCACUGUACAAUAUGUUUUUAGUAGAAAAUAAAAAAAAAUUAUUUAAAAUAUU